ACCUCACAACAUCAUCCAUUCGCUGCGUCCUGAAGUCCCCCAAAACAACGGUCGGCAAGAAGCACGCCUCCGUGGCGCCCUUUUCAGCUCAGGACAUGCGCGAUGGGCGUAGCAGCCACACCGCUUGCCCACACCCAAUCCGCCGCACGACUUAAACUCAAGCAAACAGCCUUGUUACUGAUCAUCAGGUGGGCGCUGGAACAUGAGUUCGGACAAAUCUCCGAAAAGGCGCCUGCGAGGCGCAGGGAGGGAUCCGAGCGUCCAGCUUGCUGUAAAUGCUGCUGGCGGCCAUGCAUGCAUGCACCAAGCUCUCUCGAGACACAUCGCUUGGAACGAACGCCGCCCUCCUGCGCCCGUCAUCGCCUUCUUUUGCCCUGCGCUUGUCAAAUCCUCCCAGGUGGAACACGGGACGGGAGGACGCGAGAGGCGGGCGGGCGUGCGUGGUUGGUUUUCCUUGGAUGGCGACGCUUAUACAUGCGCAUGCACUCCCUCUCCUAUAACAGCGUCGUCUGCACCUUCCCUGUUUUCCAGCCAUGCGGAGGAUUUGCUGGAUGGGAGAAUGUAAGCUGAGAUGGAAUCAACGGCUUCUGCCGACCUGGUCUGGCCGGGUCUCUUUUGUUGAAUGGUUGAUGGUACGGGAAGGGGGAUCUGCGUCCCGCGACGAGGUAAUGUCCUCCACGUGCGAGGCAGGAUCCUCAUCACUAGAGC